CAUGAUUCCACAUAGCGCCACACACAUCGUCAUUAAAAUGAUUCCAACACUUUGUCUUCACUUGUGAUGUGUUUCGUAACAGAAGCUAAAAUCUGUUCUAUGUGCAGGUAAAAUGGAGAGAAAGUUUUCCAAUUUUCAUCUACAUCUGCAGAUCAAAAUACAAAUCUGGUUGAAAAUGGGCAGAUUUGCUGUUUAAGUCAACAUUCUCUGCAUGGAAAUUUGAACUUUGCAUGAUGAUUACCUCUGAAUUCUAUUGUUGGGUUAUGUUUUAUAGUUUAGUUACAGAAUGGAUGUGUCUACAUCACCCGUCUUUUCUUGUUUCCAGAAGCAAUAACAGAACUCACAUUGUACAAACAUCUCAGUUGAAAUCCUGUCUCUGAGAAUGAGGCUAGUGAAACGACGCCUCCUGAAAUUGUUGCUGCUCAGUGUUGUACUGGGCUCACUAUGCAUGCUUUGGGUCAGUCGCCCCAAAAUGAGCUGGAAUCCAAGCUACAUUAUGGGAUACAGCUGGCUGGAGUACACAAAUGAGGAUGGCGGCCCAGAGAAAGUGUGUAACUGUUCUGCUAUCCUGCGAGGAGAGACGGGAGCACUUGAGCAGGCCAAACUACUGACCAUCACUAAAGACUUCAAGGAGAGUGUUCAGAUCCCUGAUGAGUAUUAUAUCAAUGCAACUCAAGACUGCAGUCAAUUCAAGUUAAGCAGGAAAUACUUACCAUACCCACUGAGCCAGGAGGAAGAGGACUUCCCUCUGGCAUAUUCUAUGCUUGUCCAUCAUAAGGUGCAGAACUUUGAGCGACUGCUUCGAGCCAUCUAUUCACCUCAAAAUAUUUAUUGUGUCCAUGUGGACAAAAAAUCAGACACCUCAUUCUUCUCUGCCAUCAUGGGCAUUACUUCCUGUUUCCCGAAUGUCUUCAUGGUCAGCAAGCCUGUGAGCGUGGUCUAUGCUGCCUGGCCACGAGUCCAGGCUGACCUUAACUGUAUGGCUGAUCUUUAUGACGCCAGCACAAGAUGGAAAUACUUCAUCAACCUCUGUGGUCAGGAUUUCCCACUGAAAACCAACUUGGAGAUUGUACAGAUGUUGCGUUCACUGAGGGGCGGUAACAGCAUGGAGUCGGAACAAAUUGGAGAAAAGAAGUGGAGGGUGACAAAUUCUUACCAGAUAGUUGAUGGACAAAUCCAGGCAACAGGAAAGGUGAAGGACCCACCUCCAUUCAACCUGCCUAUUAUGUCAGGAAAUGCCUACAUUGUGGUGAGCAGAGGCUACAUCCGCAGCGUGCUGGAGGACAGCCGAAUACAGGCUCUAAUUGAGUGGGCCAAAGACACCUACAGUCCUGAUGAGUUCCUCUGGGCAACUAUUCAACGGAUCCCUGGUGUCCCUGGAUCAACUUGGCCCAACUCCAAAUAUGACAUGACAGACAUCAAUGCUAUUGCACGGCUGGUGAAGUGGUGGUCGCAUGAGGGGUCACAGGGUUCACUGGAUGCAGCGUACCCAGAGUGUCAUGGCAACCAUGUCCGGUCAAUAUGUGUGUAUGGUGCUGGAGACCUACCGUGGCUGCUUGAACAACAUCACCUCUUUGCCAAUAAGUUUGAUACUGACACAGAUCCCAUUGCUGUCUACUGCUUGGAGAAGUACCUGAGACAAAAGGCACUGGCUGAAUUACAUUGGAUGUAGAUCGAGAUUUUGCUGCACAAAUAAUUAAAAUGAAUCUAUUUAUGUAAUAUAAAGCAAUACAUUAUUUUACACAACAAAAUAAUUGAUUAGUGUGAUUAUAAGAUAAACAAUAAUCAUCUUUGAAAUGGUCAUUGGAAGGUCUGUACUUUCUGCAGGAUAUCUAAAUGUUUUUUAUUCCUGAUGCUGGCAGGUUGGAUUGGCCACAGAACGUGUGGAGCAGAGCUCAGAAUGACAAAUCUGUAGCUCAGUCAGUCAUGUGCAGUUAUGCUACAGAUAAAGUGAUUGUCAUGUCAAAUGCUAAACACUUACCUGUACACUACUGCUGGAUUUUCAUAGGUCGGCCUCCUCUGCGUGAUGAUAGGAGAUAUCUGAGGGGCGUCCCUCUCCGAGGUGAAGUUCAGGGUAUCCAGCAGUAAGCUUGCAGUGUUUCACAAUGUCGUCGCUCAGAGCUAGACACGCAAAUUGCUCUGUUGUUGG